AUUAUGACAAACCAACCUACUAUACUAUUCAUGCAGAGGAAUUGGCAUUUGGCAAUUCGCAGUUCUGGAAGCUUGAGAAUCCAUGCUACGUUACACAUUUGAUCAUCGGUUUAGUGGUACCAGUCCAUGACUAAUUGUUCAUAAACCAUAACGUAUAUCAGGAUUUUGUUUUGGAAGAUGCUACACUACAGUAAACCUAGAAGAGGGGGUGUACCAUCGUAAACGAACGGAUUUCUGAGAUUGGAUGUGUCAUGUGUGAGGGCUGAUUCAUUGAUUCAACAAUGUCUACGAACCAUGACCGGUCGGAAUCACAAAACGGCGACUCGGAACACAAUCCAGAUCCCAAAUCUCCUCCACACGAAGACCCUGCGAUCCAAUCGACGGACGGACCAUCACCUGGCAACGAUGUGGAUCACCCUUCGAAGCUCGACCAAAUCAUUACGUCCAAUGAUACUGAUAUCGAUUCGACCAAUGUUGAUCCCGAACCGGAACUGGAACCGGAACCCCCAAAAGAACCAACACCUACUGUGCUACCGAAAGACCAAAUCAUUCCGUCCAAUGAUACUGAUAUGGAUUCCACCAAUGUUGAUCCGGAACCGGAACCCCCAAAAGAACCAACGCUUACUGUGCUACCGAAAGACGAAGCGAAACCGUCUGUCGCUAUGAGAGAAUUGUUGGGUGAACUGAAGAAUGUCGAUGUCAAUGAAGAUUCUCCAUCGGCAGCAGUUGCCACGCCUUCUCGUAGUCAAGAUAACAAACAACCUAAAGGACGAAAUAGUGCUGCCAUGGCCUUGAUCAAUAGUAUCUCGAGUUCUGAUGAAGAAGGAAGGACAAGGCAACGAAUGCUUAAGUUUGCUGCAAAGAGGUACGCAAGUGCAAUAGAGAGCAAUCCAGAUGAUUAUGAUGCACUAUAUAAUUGGGCAUUGGUUCUUCAGGAAAGUGCAGAUAAUGUUAAUGCAGAUACUAAUUCACCUUCCAAAGAUGCUUUACUUGAAGAAGCCUGCAAAAAGUAUGCUGAAGCUACCAAUUUAAACCCUGCCCUUCAUGAUGCUUAUUAUAACUGGGCUAUUGCCAUAUCCGAUAGAGCCAAACUCCAUGGACGUACAAAAGAAGCUGAAGAACUAUGGAAACAAGCAACAAAGAAUUAUGAAAUAGCUGUCAAACUAAACUGGAACAGUCCACAGGCUCUGAACAACUGGGGACUUGCUUUACAGGAAUUAAGUGCAAUUGUUCCUGCACGUGAAAAACAGACUAUAGUAAGAAGUGCAAUCAGUAAGUUUCGUGCAGCAAUACAGUUGCAAUUUGACUUCCACAGAGCAAUUUACAACCUUGGCACUGUUCUGUAUGGAUUAGCAGAAGACACAUCAAGAACUGGAGUACCAGUUGUUGGAAAUGAGAUUCCUUUCAAUGAAUUAUACAGUCAAUCUGCUAUCUAUAUAGCUGCUGCUCAUGCAUUGAAACCAAAUUACUCAGUUUACUCCAGUGCCUUGAAGCUUGUCAGGACUAUGCUUCCUUUACCUUAUUUAAAGGUGGGUUAUCUUACAUCCCCACCAGUGGGGAAUCCAGUUGCACCACAUUGUGAUUGGAAAAGAUCUAAGUUUGUUUUGAACCAUGAAGCACUUCAACAGAUUCAUGAUGAUCAACAAAAACAAAUAUCUGGAGAUCGAACAAGUAUCCGAGUUGAAAUUCUGAAUAUUGUUUCAGUAAAAGAAUGCUCAGAUUUGACUUUACCACUUGGUCCUUCCUUCUCCAUUGAUACAAUUCAUGGACCAUUCUUCUUGAUUGCAGACUCACGCGAAUACAUGGACACAUGGCUCGAUGCUAUUCGCCUAGUCUACACAAUAUUCGCCCGGGGUAAAACCGAUGUUCUAGCUGGGAUAAUAACAGGAUAGAAUCCUAUUCCUAUCAUCCUAUUUCAC